AAUCUCUCUCGUUGACGAUUUCUCUCAAUCGCAGUACCAAACGAAACCGAUGAUCCUAGCUUUUGUUUUCUUCUUUUGAUCUCAUAUUAUCAUCGUUUAAUGUUAUUGUUAAUUAAUCAUUAGAAUAAAUCAUUAGAAACUGUGAAUGGAUUUGAGAUUUGUGAGUAGUACUGUGCGGUGUGGUAAUAUUGUAAAGUAAAAGCUAUGGGAAUUAGAAAUAGGCUUCUUUGUGAAAUAUUAUGUUGUUAUCUUUGGUGAGCAAACGCUCACUGGAGGUAGAUUCCAGGGACGCCUAUGGAUUUGCCUUGAGACCUCAACACGUUAAGAGAUAUCAAGAAUACCUUAGCAUUUAUACAGAGGAAGAGACAGAGAGAGCAGAGAAAUGGAAGAUUUUUCUUGACCGUCAAGACAGCGCCGUUGAACCUUGUUCCUCAGAAGAGGAGUUUCAGGAUACAUUACCGGCUGAUGGUGAUGAUUCGGACUCUGGAGAGGAGAGUGCUUCAGAAAAUGAUUCAAGAAAUGAAAAUCAUGAUUCUGGUUCUUGUGAACCUGGUGGUUUAGAAGUGAAGCAUCUUGAAAAAGAUAGUACUGAAACAGAUGGUGAGCAUUCAAAAGAGAAAGAGCCAGCUGAGGAGGCACAUGUUGUUGAAAAGCACCAAUAUUUGAAGGAGAAGAGUCUUGGAAGAAACAGUGAAUCUGUGAAAGAUGAGGAUGAGGGAUUUGAAUCUGAGAAAGAGAAUGAGUCUUCAGUUAAAAGUGAAUCUGUGAGAGAUGUGGAUGAGGGAUUUGAAUCUGAGAAAGAGAAGGAGUCUUCAGUUAAAAGUGAAUCUGUGAGAGAUGUGGAUGAGCGAUUUGAAUCUGAGAAAGCGAAGGAGUCUUCAGUUGAAAGUGAAUCUGAUGAAGAGAAACAAUCUCAACCAGUAGAAGAACCUGUUGAUCAUGUACACACCCAACAAGAGAAUGAGGCAGAAAAGCUUGUGGAAGAAGCAGAUAAAUGUGGAUUGGAUGAUGAAAAAGCACAAAAGGAAACAAAGUCCCGUUCAGUUAUUGAAUGGGCUCAUAUUAGACCUUGUCUUGCGUCCAUAGAGGCAAUGAUGUGUUCUCGUGUAAAGAACGUAAAGUAUAUGCAAAACAAGCAGAAGAGUAUAGUAGGGGAACAUGCUUCACCGUCACACGAAUCAUUAGCUUCUAUUAAAGAGUCUGAGCAAAACUCCGGGGAAAAUGACAAUGACCGUGACAGUGAGGCUUCCACGAGUAGAUCACAUUCGAUAAAGGAAGAACAUGAUGCUCAGGAUAGUGUUUCUCCAGAGCCAUUUUUCCCUUGGUAUGAAGAACUUGAGGUACUUGUUCGUUUGGGAGUACCAAAGGAUCUCAGAGGGGAGGUCUGGCAAGCCUUUGUAGGUGUAAAAGCAAGAAGAGUUGAGAGGUACUAUCAGGAUUUGUUGGCCCAGAUAACUAACUCUGAUGAAAGCUCAUCUGAUGUCCAAAGAAAAUGGAAAAAACAAAUUGAAAAGGAUAUACCUCGAACAUUCCCAGGCCACCCUGCUUUGAAUGAAAAUGGUCGAGAUUCCCUAAGACGGAUACUUCUAGCUUAUGCUUGUCACAACCCGUCUGUUGGCUACUGUCAGGCUAUGAAUUUUUUUGCUGGACUGUUGCUUCUCUUGAUGCCAGAGGAAAAUGCAUUUUGGACUUUGGUUGGGAUUAUUGAUGAUUAUUUUGAUGGCUACUAUACAGAAGAGAUGAUAGAAUCUCAGGUUGAUCAACUAGUCUUUGAAGAGUUGAUGCGAGAAAGAUUUCCAAAACUCGUUAAUCAUCUGGAUUACUUGGGAGUGCAGGUAGCUUGGAUCUCUGGGCCUUGGUUUCUAUCUAUUUUUGUCAACAUUAUUCCCUGGGAAUGUGUUCUGCGGAUGUGGGAUGUGCUUCUCUUUGAAGGAAACCGUGUAGUGUUGUUUCGAACAGCCUUUGCUUUAAUGGAACUAUAUGGUCCUGCAAUAGUGGCUACAAAAGAUGCAGGAGAUGCUAUUACUUCACUACAAAGCUUCGCUAGUUCAACAUUUGAUAGCAGUCAACUUGUUUUGACUGCAUGUAUGGGUUAUAUGUCGACGAAUGAAGCUAGACUAGAGGAGCUGAGGAAAAUACAUAGACCUGCGGUACUAGAGAUUGUCGAGGAAAGAAUACAGAAGGGUCGAGUCUGGAAGGAUAAAAAAGGAUUGGCUUCUAAGUUAUAUAGUUUUAAACAUGAAGGCUCUAUAAUAGAUAAACAAAAGCCUACUCAAAGGACUGAUGGUGAUGAUGAAUCUCGCUCGCCUAGUUGUUCUCUGAAUCUUGAUGGCGCAAAUGUUGAUUCCGAAGUAGACUCUUUACCAGAUCUUCAAGAACAGGUGGUAUGGAUGAAGGUUGAACUAUGCAGACUGUUGGAGGAGAAAAGAUCAGCUGUGAUGAGAGCUGAUGAACUAGAGAUAGCUUUGAUGGAGAUGGUCAAAGAAGAUAACAGAUUAGAAUUAAGUGCAAAGAUUGAACAACUUGAAAAGGAAGUGAGAGAACUAAAACAAGUUCUUUCUGACAAAAAAGAACAAGAAACAGCAAUGCUUCAGGUCUUAAUGAAAGUUGAUCAAGACCAAAAGCUUACAGAAGAUGCUCGGAUAAGUGCAGAGCAGGAUGCAGCUGCACAAAGAUAUGCAGUACAUGUGCUUCAGGAAAAAAAUGAGAAGCUUGCAACCCAACUAGCUCAGAUGGAGAAGAAACUAGUUACAGCAGAAUCAACUCUCGAAGCUACUUUGCAAUAUGAAUCAGGUCAAAAUAAAGCAUUAUCAUCUCCAAGGUUUCCUCGUCCUGCACCGGAGAGCCCUAAAAAGAGGACAGGCUUCCUAUCAUUUGGGCUAGGCUGGCGUGACAGGAACAAGGCGAAACAGCCUGAAGAAUCAAAUAGUGAUAACACUAGUAAUGCAACAUCUGAAGUCAAAUCUCCAUCAAAAGAUAGUGUUUCAGGGCAGGAAAGCAAUGUAUCAAAAGAAAGCAAAACCGAAGAUCUUCUAAAUCCUGAGACAAGACGUUAACCGAGAAAGAGUCAUAAACUGCUGAACAUUUAGGAUCUUGAAGCUGCUAAAGAUAUUCUCCCAUUGUCUCUCUGUCAUAAGGAAGAGUUUGGGGUUUGAACUAUAGAUUAAGAGGCUAAUGCUAUUGUCAGAAAAAUUUGCUUUCCUCAAGCUUUCAUCUUCAGGAGCUUGAUACCUGCAAAACUCCAAAACAAUGAAGUAAAGGUUUGUUCAAUUUUCGUGAUCAGUUAUAAAUAGAAUAGUUUAAAACUGUCACCAGAAAAAAACAAAACAAUCCAUAUUUAAGUACAUUUGAUAUCUUUUGUAGUGGUUGGUACAUUGUCUA